AUGACGUCUUGGAAUGAUACAAAUGGCGCCUCGCAAUACUACGAAUAUUCACCGUCAAGCUCGUCCUCAAACGCUGCACAGGGACUUGGGUCGACGGGAAGUGGAAAUGUAACUUCACAACAGCCUCGCCUCCAUGCAGCCGCGCACAACAUGAUGCCGUCGCAGCCUCGUAACAACAAUGGCUCUUCAAAUGGCGACAGUCCCGCUCGUCCGUCGUCGAAUAUACCUCCUGUAAAGGCAAAUGGCACUCCUGCUUUCCCCUCGCCACCGCAGAGAAAUGGUUGGAAUCCCAAUGCGCUCUUGAAUCCUCGAGGCUACAACUCCACACCUUCUGCUCGCCCUCCCUCACAGAACAACUUCUCGAAUAAUGCUACACAUCAACCAAGUCAGAUGUUUCAGUUCGAUAGUCCCAGUGGUGAGCAGCAGAUCUACCAGUCACCACCUGUUCAGCUCAAUAACAACCGGCUCCCACAAAAUGGGGCCAACGGCGGCUUUUCGGCUUAUGCCAAUGGCAAUAGUACAAAUGGUAUGGGAGGUAUGGGAAAUAUGCUGGAGCGAAUCCAUGGCGUCACCGACCGGAGCAUGGUUCCUCAGAAGCGCAGAAAGAUGAAUGAUGAGCAAGACAACCAAAGGAAGGCAGAGUUCAGUGGUGGCGGCGGGAAAGGUGGGCCUAUUGGGGAAUAUAUGAGAGAAAAGCGGAAGGAAGGUCAACGGGAAGGCAUGGCAAAUGGUACUACUGUACCUGUCAGUAUCGAUGACGACGAGGAAGUCCAGAUUGUUGCAGACAGUGGAGACAAGGAGGUUUGCUAUGGUCGAAUUGAGGGCGUUCAGAUCAAUGCUUUCAAGGUCCCAACUCCAAAGCAAGGAGCGAGGGCAGUUAGUGAUGCAUUUUGGCCACAGGUCAAGAUUGUGCUGAGACGAAGAUUUGGAGACAAAACGACAAUUAUCCACGCUGUUGACGGUACGAGAGAAAUUAUUGGCUGCGUGGAUGUGAGCACAUCUAUAGGAUUGACCCCUAUUCUUGACUCGAAAUAUGGCAUUCGAACAUCAGCAAGAAUUCUUACUCGACAGAAAAAGCCAGGAGACUUAGAACCAGGAACAACAGGCAUAUCCCGUAAAUACGAUCUUGAUCUGGUUCUCUAUGGAGCGAAGAAGUGGGCACUUGCGAUUGGCAAGCACCUUUCGCAGAAACAGUUAUGGCUUCGGACUCCCUUGUUCGUUGAUGCAGGCAUCGAGCUUCACAAUCCUCAUACUAUUCAAAGACCACCACAACCUCCUCCUCGGCAAAUGAUGUCUUACGGAUCCCGUCAAGCAGUCACGCGAACGACUGAGGAGAUGAAGAACGAUAUUGUGGACAUGUUCGAUUCCCUGGAGCGGUCCGAGAACCUGCCUGAAAUGGACCCAGAUCCUCGCAUUACUACCGAACUUCUCCGCCAUCAAAAGCAAGGCCUUUCCUUUAUGACGAAUAAGGAAAAGGAACGUGUCUUUGGCGCAGACGAGAAAGGCAACAGUUCUCUUUGGCGUUUGAACAUCUCUGCCAGAGGGGAACGAAGCUAUUACAAUGUCAUCACUGGCCAAGAAGAGAGCCAGAGUCCGCCACAGGUUCUGGGAGGCAUCUUAGCUGAUAUGAUGGGCCUGGGCAAGACCCUCCAGAUCAUUAGCUUGGUUGUCCAGACCCUUGACAACGAAGCUCUGGAAUGGUCUAAGCAGACGCCAUGCUCCUCACAGGACAAUAGAGACUUGUGUCCUGUGCGAAAGGGAAAGAAUAAGGUACCUCUGCCCAAACUCGAGCAUGUACCUCUCACUCUUAAUUGCAAAACUACCCUUCUCGUCUCUCCUCUGAGUACCAUCGCAAACUGGGAGGAACAAAUGAAGCAACACGUCAAGCCGGGGACCUUGAAUUACUACGUGUAUCACGGUGCCAACCGGAUUAAGGAUGUCCAGAAACUUGCCGAGUUCGAUAUCGUAAUUACUACUUACGGAUCCGUCGCCACGGAAUUUAGCAAUCGAAGUAAGAAGAAGCCAGGCGUCUACCCCUUGGAGGAGAUGAACUGGUUCAGAAUCGUGCUCGAUGAGGCACAUAUGAUUCGGGAGCAGUCAACCCAGCAAUCGAAGUCAAUCUGCCGACUGUCAGCCAAUCGAAGAUGGGCUGUCACAGGAACUCCUGUCCAGAAUAGACUUGAGGAUUUGGGUGCACUAAUGACAUUUCUUCGCAUUAAACCAUUCGAUGAGAAAGGCGGAUUUGCUCAGUACAUUAUGUCACCUUUCAAGAUGUGUGACCCAGAUAUCAUCCCUAAGCUCAGACUGCUUGUGGACAGCAUCACACUCCGACGGCUAAAAGACCGAAUCGAUCUACCACCACGUCAUGAUCAACUUGUGAAGCUCGAUUUUAAUUCAGAGGAACGCGCCAUUUACGAGAUAUUUGCCAAGAAUGCCAACGACCGGAUCAAAGUCAUUGUUGGUCAACGCGAGAAAUCAUUGAGUGGCAAAUCCUACGUGCAUAUUUUGCAAUCCAUUCUUCGUCUCCGACUUAUCUGUGCCCAUGGCAGGGACUUGCUAGGCGAGGAAGAUCUAAAGGUUAUGAAUGGUUUGAGCAAAGACUCUGCAAUAGAUCUUGACAGUGACGACGAAGACGAUCGGCCAGCCCUAUCUGCAACAAAGGCCUACGAGAUGUACAACUUGAUGAGGGAGACGAACGCCGAUAUAUGCCUAGCGUGUAGCCGCAAGAUCGGACCUAAUGAUGUUGAAGCAGAUGGCGACGCCAAGGACGAGAUCGUUGGCCAUAUGACGCCUUGCUUCCACAUCAUAUGCAACACCUGCAUUGAUAGGUAUAAGGCUGACAUGGAAGAUCUUGCUCGAGGACAAUCGCAGUUCAAUUGCCCUAUCUGUCAGCAACUAAUCAAGCUCUCUUACUUUGAGCUUCGUCAGGGUGGACUGGAUGAUCAAGAGGCAUCUCGGAUCAAGACGAAGGAGAAUGCAAAGCAUGGAAAGCAUCUCGACGGCUACAGUGGUCCACACACUAAGACGAAGGCGUUACUACACGACCUGCUAGUCUCUCACGAAGAAUCUUUGGCGAUGCCUAACGAGCCUCCGAUCAAGAGUGUGGUGUUUUCUGGAUGGACCGCUCAUCUUGACUUAAUCCAGCAUGCUCUCGCCGAAAAUGGCAUCACCUUCACUCGCCUCGAUGGUAAAAUGUCCCGUACAGCACGUGGAGCGGCUCUGGAUGCCUUCCGCGAUGACCCUUCUAUCCAUGUCAUUCUCGUCUCCAUUAUGGCUGGAGGACUUGGACUCAAUCUGACAACAGCAAGCAAAGUCUACGUCAUGGAGCCCCAAUAUAAUCCCGCUGCCGAAGCCCAAGCUGUCGACCGAGUUCACCGUCUAGGUCAGAAGCGAGAGGUAACCACGGUGCGGUACAUAAUGAACGACAGUUUCGAGGAGAAGAUGCUGGAUCUCCAGGAAAAGAAGAAAAAGCUCGCCAGCCUGAGCAUGGACUCCGAGGGUCGGGGACGUAUCGAUAAAGCCGAGGCUGCACGAAAACGUUUGGAGGAUUUGAGGAGUCUGUUUAAGUAACGCGUGCAUGCGAGUCGUGCAUCGGUUUUCUGUAUUCUAGAUUCAUUCUGCUUUGCGCUGGUUUCGUUUUCUUUCAUACUUGCUUGGCACAGCCUUCUAUUUGGUUUGGGGCAUCUGAUUGAGGGCAUGCAAGGCGUUUGAGCGGAAAGGCAUGCAUACAUAGAUGGGAUAUCAUAUCAUGACAUGGACGUGGCGUUUUUGUGGCAUAUAUCCUCUGGGGCGCAUCGAUCAAUUUGGAGACGUUGGUCAACAACUGCACUGAAGGCAGCAAGCAAACAAGUGAGCAUUCAAGGAAUGGUUGCAUUAGAUAUAGAGAGAUAAAGGAGUAAUUCUAGAAUCUAUCUUGCCACAAUUUAAACCUGUACGAG